CAUUUUUUUUUCUUCAAAUAAUUAUUUCAGCCAUGCAGAACUUUUAUAAUUCAAAUUGCUCUUGUUACUACCUAGCUAUCAUCUUUAUAUUUUUCCUCAUAAUUUUAUUGAAACAUUUGAUUCCCAAAAAAAAAUUACCACCUAGUCCUUUGUCUCUUCCAAUAAUAGGUCAUCUUUACCUUAUCAAAAAUUCACUUCACCAAACAUUAAACUCUUUAUCAACUAAGUAUGGUCCGGUUAUAUACCUCCGUUUCGGGUGUCGAAAUUUAUUGAUUGUGUCCUCUCGAUCCUCAGUAGAAGAAUGUUUCACGAAAAACGAUGUUGUAUUUGCAAACCGGCCACGUAGCAUGCUAGGUGACCGUGUUUCUUUUAAUUAUACUUCUCUUUUUUUGGCACCGUACGGUCAACUCUGGAGAGUUCUGCGCCGUCAAACAACGAUUGAACUCUUCUCUACGAACAGUCUUCAAAAAUCUUCUUUAAUUCGAAAUGAAGAAAUUGAAAUUUUGAUUCGCUCUUUGUUUAAAGCUAGUGAAAAGAAUACACGUGGUACUAGGGUUGACUUGAAUUGUUGGGCUUUUACUUUUGUGUUUAAUAUUAUGAUGAGAAUUGGUACUGGAAAAAGUUGUGUGAGUGAGGAAGAUAUAGGAAUGGAAAAGGGGAAAAAGAUAAUUGAAGAGAUGAGGGGUGUUUUCUUUGCUAAUUUGUUGGUUUUAAACGUUUGUGAUUUUUUGCCAAUUUUGAAAUGGUUUGGGUACAAAGGGAUUGAGAAAAAAAUUGAUUUAAUGAGUAUGAAGAGAAAUAAAUUUUUAAACAAAUUACUUGACGAAUUUCGACAAAAAAAAUUUAGUAGUGAUAGUGAACAUGAAGCUAAGGAGAAGAAGGCAACGCUAGUCGAAACUUUAUUGUCUCUCCAAGAAUUUGAACCUGAAUUCUACACGGACGAUCUCAUUAAAAGUCUUCUAGUGGCUUUGUUUGUUGCGGGAACAGAGACCACAUCGAUGACAAUUCAAUGGGCAAUGCGACUUCUUUUAGCUCACCCUAAAGUAUUUCAAAAAUUGAGAUUCGAAAUCGAUAGCAAAGUUGGGAAUAAACGUUUAUUAAACGAUUCCGAUUUCAAUAAUCUUCCUUAUUUACAAUGUGUUAUAAACGAGACGUUGAGAUUAUACUCUCUAGUACCACUUCUAUUGCCUCAUUACUCAUUAGAAGAUUGUAGUGUUGGUGGCUACCAUGUACCAAAAAAUACAAUCCUAAUGGUUAACGCUUGGGCCAUUCAUAGGGACCCCGAGUUAUGGGACGAGCCUGAAAAAUUCAUACCUGAGAGAUUCGAGGAUAUGGAUGGGGCGAAAAAAGAAGGGUUUAAUUAUAAAUUUAUACCAUUCGGUAUGGGAAGAAGAGCAUGCCCCGGAGCUAAUAUGGGCAUGCGUACUGUUUCAUUGGGGUUGGGUUCGUUGGUUCAAUGGUUUGAUUGGAAAAAUGUGGAAUUAGAUGAAAAUUAUAGGAAUAUGGAUGAAUACUAUAAUUCUAAUGUAAUUUCAAGUAAGGAUAAGCCUUUUGAGGCUAUUUGCAUUCCUCGUCAGCAUCUUAUAAAGUCUACAAUUACUCUGUUUUUGGCCAUGGAGAUUCUCAACUCUUACUACUUAUUGCUAUUCUUUGCUAUCUUUCUGUUAAAAUACUUGUUUCGUUCCAAAAAUCGUUUACCCCCUAGUCCUCUAUCUCUUCCAAUAAUUGGUCAUCUUUACAUGAUCAAAAAUUCAAUUCAUCAGACAUUAACCUCAUUAUCAGCUAAAUAUGGACCAGUGAUGUACCUCCGGUUUGGCUGUCGAAACUUGCUUGUGGUGACUUCUCCAUCCGCUGUUGAAGAAUGUUUCACUAGAAACGAUAUUAUAUUUGCGAAUCGUCCUCAGACUAUGACUGGCGAUAAGUAUUCAUUCAACUAUACGGCUGUUGUUUGGGCUUCUUAUGGUUAUCUUUGGAGGGCGCUUCGCCGUCUAAUGGUCAUUGAGAUUUUCUCUUUCAAUAGCCUUCAAAAGUCUUCUGCAUUGAGGAGUGAAGAAACUACAAUCCUUAUUCGCGGUUUAUUUGAAGCUAAUUGUGAUAGGAGUGGGAGGAGUAAUGUGAAAAUUAACUUGAGUGAUUGGGUUUCUAGUUUUGCGUUUAAUGUUAUGAUGAGAAGUGGUACUGGGAAACGUUGCGUAAGUGAGGAGGAGAUAGGAACAGAGAAGGGUAAAGAAAUUAUUGAUGAGAUCAAGGGAUUUUUCUUCGCGACGUUGUUGCCUUUGAAUGUGUGUGAUUUCUUGCCAGUAUUGAAGUGGUUUGGGUAUAAAGGGAUUGAGAAGAGGAUGGUUUUAGCUCAUGAGAAGAGAAAUGAAUUCCUGAAUAGUCUAUUUGACGAAUUUCGACAGAAGAAAGUUAGUCCUAUUAGUGUUUCGGAGUCUAGUACUGAUCGAAACAGAGAGAAGAAGGGUACAUUGGUUGAAACUCUAUUGUCUCUGCAAGAAUCAGAACCCGAAUUCUAUACAGAUGAUCUCAUUAAAAGUGUUCUUCAGGUUUUGUUUAUUGCGGGAACUGAGACCACAUCAAUGACAAUUCAAUGGGCGAUGCGACUUCUUUUAGCUCACCCUGAGGCAUUUCACAAGCUGAGAGCUGAGGUUGACAGCAAAGUGGGGAAUGAACGUUUGCUCAGUGAAUCUGAUUUCACUAAUCUACCUUAUUUGCAGUGUGUUAUCAACGAGACGCUGAGAUUAUACCCUCCAGUACCGCUUCUUUUGCCUCACUACUCAUUAGAAGAUUGUACUAUUGGUGGCUAUGAUGUACCUAAACAUACGAUCCUAAUGGUUAACGCUUGGGCAAUCCAUAGGGACCCCCAGGUAUGGGAUGAGCCUGAAAAGUUUAAACCGGAGAGAUUUGAGGGUAUGAAAGGGGAAAAAGAAGGGUUCAAUUAUAAAUUUGUGCCAUUUGGAAUGGGGAGAAGAGCCUGCCCUGGAGCUGCAAUGGGCUUACGUACUGCUUCGUUGGUUUUGGGUUCGUUGAUUCAGUGGUUUGAUUGGGAAAAUGUGGAAUUUGAGGAAAACUUGGAUGCGUGCUAUAAUGCUAGAAUCACUUUGAACAAAGAAAAGCCUUUGGAGGCCAUAUGCAUUCCGCGCAAGAAUUGUAUUCGAUUCCUUGACCAGCUCUAUAGAUCUGCUCCUGCUUAUGUAAAAAAUCUGAAUUUACCUUUGUGUUCUGUUAGAAAAUUAUUAUUCGUGAAUAUGGAGAUUGGAUUCAUAUUACCAACUAUACUCUUGAUUUUCUCCAUCUUUUUUUUUCGAAAAUUACAAAAUGCAAGAAAGAAAAAUCUUCCUCCAAGUCCACCAUUUUUACCAAUUAUUGGACACCUCCAUCUCCUCAAAUCUCCAAUUCACCAAACCUUCAAAUCACUUUCUAGCAAAUAUGGUCCAAUUAUGUACCUACAUUUUGGUACAUCUCAAGUGAUAAUCGUCUCCUCUGCCUCAAUCGCGGAGCAAUGCUUCACAAAAAAUGACAUUAUUUUCGCGAAUAGACCAAAAUCUCUAGCUAGUAAACACCUUGGCUAUAACCACACAACAAUUGGAUUCUCACCUUAUGGUGAUCAUUGGCGUAAUCUUCGCCGAAUUUCUAAUAUUCAAAUAUUUUCCACUUUUACCCUCAACAAUUCCUCUUCUAUCCGCACGGAAGAAGUCCAAUUCGUUGUUAAAAAAUUAGCCCAAGAGUACAAAGGAGGAAGUACUCAAAAAGUGAAACUGAAAAUUCUAUUUGAGAAAUUAGUUUACGAUGUGUUAACGAAAAUGGUUGCAGGUAAACGUUGGGCCGAGUCAUCAACUGAUGACUUGUUCGGCCCAACUAUGAUUAUGAACAUUUGUGAUUAUAUUCCAAUACUUAAAUGGAUUCGAUUUCAAGGACUGGAGAAGAAUUUGGUGGAGUUGAAGAUAAGAAGAGAUGAAUUUCUUCAGGGCCUAAUCGAUGAAUGUCGAAAGAGCAGAGCUGAUAAAAAAACAAUAAUUCAUACGUUGUUGUCUUUGCAGAGAGACCAGCCAGAAUGUUACACAGAUGAUAUUAUUAAGGGUGUCAUCAUGGUAAUGUUUACUGCUGGAACACAUACAUCAGCUGUAACAAUGGAAUGGGCAAUGUCACUGUUACUAAACCAUCCAGAGGUGAUGAAAAAGGCUAGACUCGAAAUCGACAACCUCAUCGGAGAAACACGUCCACUAGAGGAACCAGACAUCCUUAAAUUACCAUAUUUGCGUUGCAUAAUCAAUGAAACAUUAAGGUUAUUUCCUGCUGGACCACUUUUAGUCCCACAUUUUUCAACACAAGAAUGUACAAUUGAAGGUUACCAUAUUCCUAAAAGUACAAUAUUGUUUGUAAAUAUUUGGGAGAUUCAAAGAGAUAGUAAAAUUUGGGAAGAUGCAAAUGAGUUUAAGCCAGAGAGAUUUGAAGGGGGAAUUGAAGGAUGUAAAUUUAUACCAUUUGGUAUGGGGAGAAGGGCUUGUCCUGGUUAUGGACUUGCUAUUAGGUUAAUUGGUUUAGUUUUGGGCUUAUUUAUUCAAUGUUUUGAGUGGGAAAGAAUUGGGGAUGAAUUGGUGAGUUUAGAUGAAAGUUGUGGGCUUAUGUUAAGUAAACUUGAGCCUUUAGAGGCAUUGUACAGGCCUAGAGAGUCUAUGGUUGCACUCUUGUCUCAACUUUGAGUUUAAUAUGAAUUA